GUCAAUGUCGGCUGUGUGCCAAAGAAGGUGAUGUGGUACGCAGCGGUCCAUGCAGAGUUUGUCCACGAUCACGCCGACUACGGCUUCGAAACGCCCGGUGUCAAGUUCAACUGGAGAACGAUUAAAGAGAAGCGUGAUGCUUACGUGACACGCCUGAACGAGAUCUAUGAAAAUAACCUAAAGAAGGUGAGGAUGCAUCUAUCCUGCAAGCCAAGCGGGAAGCCGUACACGGCUCCGCACAUCCUUAUAGCCACGGGUGGGCGCCCGGCCGUGCCCCCCGACAGCCAGAUUCCCGGUGCCAGCCUGGGAAUAACCAGCGACGGCUUCUUCGACCUGGAGGAGCUGCCCAGGCGCCCCUCCCCCCCUGGCGCCGGCUACAUCGCGGUGGAAAUCGCGGGGAUCCUCUCCACGCUGGGCUCCAAGUCCUCCCUGCUGAUCCGCCGAGACAAGGUCCUGCGGACCUUCGACUCCAUGAUCAGCUCCAACUGCACCCAGGAGCUGGAGAACACCGGGGUGGACGUCUGGAAGCACACGCAGGUCAAGAUGGUCACCAAGUCCCCCCAGGGGCUGCUGGAUGUGACGGGCCCCCGCACCGGGCGCAAGCCAACGGAGGGAGUGAUCCGGGACGUGGACUGCCUGCUGUGGGCCGUGGGGCGGGACCGGGAUGCGUGCGGAGCUGGCUGCUGUUCCCCGUGGCAGGGUGUGGAGGUGGACGCCAAGGGCCACGUGGUGGUGGACGAGUACCAGAACACCACCCGCAGAGGGGUCUAUGCCGUCGGGGACGUCUGCGGGAGAGCGCUCCUCACCCCAG